ACGUUUUCUAUAAUUCUAUUAGAUUGAGUCCAUACUAAUUUUUUCUAUAAUUCUAUUUCAGAUUCAUCUUAUGCAUUUAGUCCAUACUAAUUUUUUAUUUAAUUUAAAUAAAUUUUUUGACCGGAAAAACAAAUAAAGAAAAACAACCAUAAGGAUAUUUUAGUAAUUUUAUUCUUUUCCUACCUCACGUUACCUAAUAAACAUCCAAACACAAUUUUUUAACUCAUUACCUUACUUUACCUACCUUCAAUUACCUACCUCCAAUUACCUACCAAUACCUACCUAAUAAAACUUUUACCUACCUCCAACCAAACAUACCCUAAUAAUGACACACGAACACCUCAUAAGGCUGUAUGAUUGGAGGAUGAUGAACACGAGCAUCCUGUCUGGUGGCAGCUAAUGUGGGACAAGGCCUUCAAAUUGAUAGAGGAAUUUGACAAGGGGAGUUUCAUUUAUAAACCUGAUGCUGCAGCAUACAACAAGUGUGUUACAUACCUAUGCGUACAAUUUUGGUUGGAUGGGGCUUUCCAUUUGAUUCCAGUAAUGUUCAAUAAAGGCAUCACCCUAGAUGCCAUCACAUACAAAAUGGUGAUUCGUCAGUGUUGUAUGCUUAACCCUGUCAUGGACAAGGCCUUUAUUAAAGAAAGAUUCGACAAGGCCAAGUGGUUGUUUACUGAGAUGAUGUCGUCGUCGUCGUCCAGAUACAAAAGUGUGACACUCGAUAAUAAUACGUUCCACAAAUUAGUUGAUUCCUUAUGUGAGUAUGGAUUUGUAGAGGAUGCCUUGCAUUUGGUUCAACUGAUAAUCAACGAGCAAGGUGAGGGAUCAAAAAUACUUGAUGCACACACUUGUAGAUGUUUGGUAGGUGAACUUUAUGGUCAAGGAAAUGCAAGGUUAGCUGCAGAUGCUCUAAAGGAUAUGGUAGCUCUUGGAUAUGUUGAGGCAGGGCCAACAGAUGGUGUUUUUAGAGUUUUAGAUGGUAGUUUGGUACCUAAUUCCCUAGUUCACAUUCUCGUGAAAUCUGAGCUCGAGGUACGCCAUAUGCGUGAAAGGAAUGCCGCUAAGUUUGGGCUGCCAGCAUCAGACUCAGGGGACGACGACUACAGAUUUUGGAGUGAUGGUGUUUCAUUGACAUGGUUUUAAAAAAAAGAUGAGAAGCGAGAUACAAAUGACGAGAACACAGAUUGAAGGAGACAACAAUCUCGUUGAGGCCGCCGACAAUCUAUUUGAGCAAGAACAGACUAACACUGUGACCACAUGAUGAAAAAACAGAGCAUUGGGGCAGGCAAAUCAGUGAUGAAUAAAUUUGAUGUUGGAAGAAAGGGGCUGGUUUAGAGAUGUGGGAGUAUUUCAACUUGUUACUGAAAGCUCAACACGAUAACGACACGAUGUCGGGGCUUAUUGAAAAUGGAUAUGAUGAAAGUUGCAAAAGAAGUUCAACCAGUGGAAAGAUUACACAUUCAGAAAGUUGCAUUGGGCAUGUGUGACUAGAUAGAAAUCGUUGGUGUCAAAGCAACUUUUGCCCGGCAUAUAAUUUCCAACGCAACACGAGAAUGGAAUAACUAGAAGCAAAACAGUCCCUUUGGUGAUAAAAUUUGAUAUGAUUGGCAAAGUCUAUGGGUUUUGAGCAUGAAGGAAGAUGAUAUAGGUACUUGAGAUAGCUAGCUAGCUACUGCUCUCACCCAACUACACUAAACAAAGACAGAGUAACUUUUUAUAUAUGCUCUUACUGAAAUAGACUAAUUAUUUGCUAAAUCCAUACGCUUUACACAACAAAGAAAACAUAUAUAAUCACCAAUUCAAAAAGAAUUUACCAUAUUCAGUAUCCACUCAGUAUUAUGGAAUUAGAUGUACAAUUGUCUUUCCUUAUUAUUCUCACUCUAUUUCAAGAAAGUUAUUACGGAGUAUUAUUUUUCUCCACCCUGUAUAAUGAACUUUCCCCAUACAA